AUGGGUGUGUGUGCUUCCUCGCCCGGCGCUGGCGGCGGUGUGAGUGAUGCAGACCGAGAUGCCAAGCAGCGAAAUAUGGAGAUUGACAAGCAUUUAGAUGAUGCGCAUAAGAAGGCGAAGCAAGAGCUGAAGAUCUUGUUGCUGGGCAGUGGUGAGUCUGGCAAGUCAACGAUCGUCAAGCAGAUGAAAAUCAUCCACCAGAACGGAUUUACGGAGCAGGAGUUGUUUAUGUACCGCAUUACUAUUCUGAAGAAUGUGAUGGAUUCGGUGAAUGCCAUCAUUCUAGCGAUGCGUCGUCUGAGCAUUGAGCCAGCGACGCUGGAAAACAGAGAAAAGGUGGACCAGCUGGUUCACUACCACCUGCCAGCGGAUGCGAAUGCGUCGUUGCCUCCGCACAUUGGCCAGAUGAUUGUAGAUAUUUGGACCGACCCCGUUAUGGAGCAGCUUAUGGCGCGCCGCGGCGAAUUUUAUUUGAUGGACAAUGCGGAUUAUUUCCUAAGCAACAUUUCGCGCAUAGCAACGGAAGACUACCUUCCUACGCCUCAGGAUGUACUGUACGCUCGUUCCAAGACGACGGGCAUUACGGAGACCACCUUUUCCCUAGGUUCGCUGGCGAUUCGCCUGGUCGAUGUAGGCGGACAACGUUCUGAGCGUACGAAAUGGAUCCACAGCUUUGAGUCGGUCACGUCGAUUAUAUUCUGCGUGGCGCUCAGUGAGUAUGAUCAAGUGCUGCUCGAAGACAGCAACCAAAAUCGUAUGGCCGAGAGUCUGGUCCUCUUUGAAAGUGUGAUCAACAGUCGCUGGUUCCUUCGCACAUCGAUCAUCCUGUUCCUCAACAAGAUUGACGUGUUCCAGAAGAAGCUUCCUAUGCGCCCCUUGGCCGAUUAUUUCCCCGAGUAUACGGGUGGCAACGAUGUAAACAAGGCAGCAAAAUACAUCCUAUGGCGUUUCACGCGUGUCAACCGCGCGAAGCUGCAAAUUUACCCACACAUCACGCAGGCCACCGACACAUCCAACAUCCGCUUGGUUUUUGCGGCUGUCAAAGAAACGCUUUUGCAGAAUGCCCUUCGUGAGACAGGCUUUAUCUAA